AGUAGUAACUCGUAGUAACUUGUAAUCCUACCAUUCCAUGGUAUCUGCGUCAGUGUGCAUAGUUUCGUUUCAGAAUGCAAGCUACCGGGCGUCUUCAACUCAAGUUGAAAUUAAAUAGCUGCUUUGGUGUUUUGACUUGAGAGACAGUGAGAAAAUGUCUGAUAGCGUCAGUCGCGCUAUAAACCGUACAGCAUGUGAGAAAAUAAACCUUGAUUUUACGCACGUUUUUUUGCCUGCGAUAUUCGUGAUCGUUUUUGUUGUCGGGACUGUUGCCAAUUUCUGGGGGUUGAAGAGUGUGUUUAAAGGAUGGGAUAAAAUCGGAAAUAUAAACAUAUUCAUUCUGAACCUCGGGAUUGCGGACUUACUCUACUUAUUUACGUUACCUUUUUUGGUCGCAUAUUACGCACAGAACAGCAAAUGGACCUUUGGACAAACAUUUUGCAAAGUCACCAGGUUUUGCUUUAAUCUAAACCUCUACGGCAGUAUUGGAUUUUUAACCUGCAUAAGCAUCUACAGAUACCUGGGAAUUGUGCAUCCAAUGGAAGUAAUGGGAAAAAUCAACACCGGCCAUUCCAUGGCAAUAAGCUCGUUGGUAUGGGUUUUGGUUGUCAUUCAGAUACUUCCAGAUAUGUUCUUUGACAAGACUUCGGCAAAUUCCUCAGAUGCAUGCUACGAUACAACGUCUGACCAUCUUAUCAAUGAUUAUCUGCCAUAUAGCAUUGGAUGGACUAUUACAGGAUUUGUCAUACCGUUGCUUAUUAUUCUGGUUUGCUACGGUCAUAUAAUUAUAGUCCUUGUUGUCAAAGCCAACGUCAAUACUUUAUUGAAACAACGCUGCCUAAAACUUGUAAUCUUUAUGACAGUUUUAUUCUCAGUUUGCUUUAUCCCAUAUCAUGUACUCAGAAAUCUGAACUUGAAGACACGAAUCUUGAAAAUGCAGGGCACAUGCCACGAAAGCUUCGAUGACAUCUAUGUUGCUCAUCAAAUCAGCCGUGGCCUGGUCUGCUUAAAUAGUGCGAUAAAUCCUUUGAUUUACUUGAUCGGAAACGACGAUUUCGUAAUGCGCUUUCACAAUGUUAGCAAACGUGCCCGAAUGUUCCUUGUUCAUUGGACUGGUGCAAUCAUCUAUCGUAAGCCACCUGAAACCGAGGAAGAAAGCGAGACUGUGGCCGCAAGAGAGGAGGAAGUCAUAUGAACUAUGCCAAGCCCUUUUACAAUUAUGAGAACUUUUUUUAAUUGUUUGCUUCUUAAACUUCCUAGCAUUGUAUGGCCACUAGGCUACAGGCCUAUUAAGCACGUUGAAUGUAUGCCUUUGUCUUUGUUGUAUGACUGCUUGCCAGCAUUCUGCAAACUGAAGUUGGAGUUACCUGUUUGUGUCCAUGGGGAUAAACAUUCACGAUUACAGUAUAAACAGUCUGUGUUCAGAUGAUUUAAUAAAAAAUCUCGCCUAAUCAACAGUGUUAUGAAAGUGAAUACAAUAC